AUGAUGAUCAGAAGUCCCGUUCUUCGGCUGCAAGCGCCACCACUUUCUGCCGGUUCCCGGUGGUAUACGCCGCAAUGUGGCCUGACCCAACAAGGUCACCGGUUUCUCUCUGCCGUCGCCGCCACGUCCAAGGAGCCUUCAGCGACCUCUGGAUUGCUUCGCAGAUUCGUAGCCUCGUCGUCCCGCUACGUAACCCUAACCACCCUCCUUCAUAUCAUCUCUCCUUCCUGCUCCAUUCCUCAUCUCUCCUCUAUCGCAUUUCCUCUGUACUCGAUGAUCGAACAAAAGUCCUGGUUCCAGUGGAACACCAAGGUAGUGGCGGAUCUGAUGGCUUUCUUACACAAGGAAGGAAGGUUUGAUGAGGCUGAAAAACUGUUUGAUGGAAUAGUUUCGAAAUUAGGGUUUGAAAUUGAUUAUGCUGAAAAUUUGUCUGAUGGAGUAGCUUUGAAUGUAGGGUUCCAUAACGAAAAGGAACUAUACACGUUUUACAUCAAUUUAAUCACGGCCUACGCUGUUCACAAGUACGAAGGGGGGUGUUUGGAUGUGUGCGAACGGUUGAAGCAGCUGAUUUUAUCUUCAUCGUCUGUUCAGUUGAAGAAGAAAGGAUACGUGUCGAUGAUUUUAGGGUUAUGCGAAAUUGGAUUGCCGUAUAAAGCCGAGAUUUUGAUGGAUGAAAUGAGAGAAAACGGGAUAAAAGUAUCUUUUUACGAGAUGAAAUCUGUCGUGUACAGUUACGGGCAGAAUGGAUUUCUCGAGGAUAUGAAGAGGGUUGUUUGUCAGAUGGAAAACGAGGGAUUUGAGCUCGAUACGAUUUGUUUUAACAUGGUGCUUUCAUCUCUCGGAGCGAACAACAAGCUUCCUGAUAUGCUCGUUUGGUUGAAGAAAAUGAGGGAUCUAAAUGUACCUCUCUCUGUUAGAACGUAUAAUUCUGUCUUGAACUCUUGCCCGAGAAUUAACUCGUUGGUGAUAGGUACAAAGAAUUGGCCUUUAUCGAUUGAUGAGCUGUCGUGUAGUUUGGAAUCUGAUGAGGAGGUGAAUUUGGUGAUGGAAUUGAUGAAAACGAGUGUUUUGGAUGAGGCCAUGGUGUGGAAUGAAAAUGAGUCGAAACUGGAUUUGCACGGGAUGCAUUUGGCGAGUGCAUAUUUGAUUUUGCUACAGUGGUUCAACGAGUCGAGAGUGAGGUUCGAUUGUGAGGAUUAUGUGACACCUGAGAAGAUUUCGAUUGUUUGUGGGCGAGGGAAGAAUAGCCCUAGACAAGGCGAUUCACCUGUGAAAAAAUUAGCUAAAGAAAUGGUUGUGAGGAUGAAAUGCCCUUUAAUAAUGGAUAGGAAGAAUAAUGGUUGUUUUAUUGGCAAAGGCAAAGUUUUCAGGAAGUGGCUACUGAAUUCUAUCAAGUAA